CGACGGACGGACGGACGGACGGUGGCCGUUGGGUUCGAUGGAGAGCGGGAGUGGCGGUCUCCGAGGAGUCUCCCCGCCCGCUGUUUCUAGGGUUACUUAGGAUCGGUGCCCUCCUUCCCUCUCCCAUUAGGCGAUCCUCCUUCGAGCGGUGAUCCGAAUACCUCUCCGAUCUUGGAGGGAUUCCUCCAAAGAUUGCCUGUCUCUAUUUCACCUCCCAUCCUCUGGAAUCGCCCAAAUUUAGGCUACUUCUUGUCCCCCCGUCUCCUUUCUUGUUGGGAUGUGUAAGAUUGUGACGGUUUUCCCCUUUUUUUCCCCUCUUCAAGCUUUGAUCUGGUGCUGUCAUUUUGGUUGGUGUGUUGCGUUUGGUGGGAUGGAUUGGUUGAUUUGGUCGGGAUAGCGUGUUGGUUUGGAUUCUCAGUGGAUUCGGUGUUGGUGUUCGAUUUCUUGAAGGGCUUGUGCUUCGCAUUGGAAGUGGUUUUGCUCCGUCGAUUUGGUGUUCCCCGUAGCAUGGGCAUUUCGAAUUGGUUCGGCAUUUCAACCUUACUGGUUAAAAGUUUAGUUUGAACUUUUGAUAUUUGGAUUUACUCUUUGGAGAAUUUGGUAUCGCAAAAUUCAAGCUUUGACUCGCCGGGCAGGAAAAUUCUUUUUUCGGAAACUGUUGUGCUUGGUAAUUGGGAAUAAAGAGAGAACACAGGUUGUGGUUGGAAUUUAAAUUCUUUGUUCUGCAAAUACUCCAUUGCAUAGAGUUUCUUGUUCGUGUAGCUUGGGUUUGACGGGUAAAACAGAAUUAGUAUCGUAAUUUAUUUCCUAUUGGGUUUGCAUUGAUCAUCGCAUUGCUGCAGAGAGUAAUUCAGGUGUUUAUGGCAAUACUGGUUUCGUAAUGGUGUCAUAUAUCUGAAUUCAUUUGCUUGCGAGAUCUGAUGGAUUCAGCAAGGAGUUGGUUUCACAAGUUUCAGCCUAGAGAUAAAUCUGCAGCCAAGAAGAAAGAAGCGACAGCCAAUGGGAAGGAAGGGAGUGAUGAAGCACCUUCAAAUGCUACCAAGCAAAGAGCUGCUGCGGCCAAGCAAUAUAUAGAAAAUCAUUACAAAGAGCAGAUGAAGAACCUACAGGAGCGUAAAGAGCGACGUUACAAUUUGGAGAAGAAGCUAGCAGAUUCUGAUGUGUCUGAAGAAGAGCACAACAAUAUUCUAAAACAUUUGGAGAAAAAGGAAACAGAAUACAUGCGCCUUCAGAGGCAUAAAAUGGGAGUUGAUGAUUUUGAACUACUGACAAUGAUCGGAAAAGGUGCAUUUGGUGAGGUCAGGGUCUGUUGGGAGAAGACAACUGCUAAUGUAUAUGCAAUGAAGAAGCUUAAGAAAUCAGAAAUGCUACGACGAGGCCAGGUUGAACAUGUUAAAGCUGAAAGGAAUCUUCUUGCGGAGGUUGAUAGCAAUUGCAUAGUGAAACUUUAUUGUUCCUUCCAAGAUAAUGAGUAUCUAUAUCUUAUUAUGGAGUACCUACCUGGUGGGGACAUGAUGACGUUGCUUAUGCGGAAGGAUACACUCACUGAGGAUGAGGCUAGAUUUUAUAUUGGUGAGGCAGUUCUUGCUAUUGAAUCUAUCCACAAACACAGCUACAUUCACAGGGAUAUCAAGCCUGAUAAUCUGUUGCUGGACAGAUAUGGUCACCUGAAAUUGUCAGAUUUUGGAUUAUGUAAACCUUUAGACUGCAGUAACUUUCCAGAUUUACAAGAAAAGGAUAUUACACUAGGAAAGAGCUGUAGUGGUUCUUUACAAAGUCCUUCUUUACCAAAGCGCACACAACAGGAACAAUUAGAGCAUUGGCAAAGGAACAGAAGGACACUGGCAUACUCUACUGUCGGUACACCUGAUUAUAUUGCUCCAGAAGUUUUACUGAAGAAGGGUUACGGGAUGGAAUGUGAUUGGUGGUCGCUUGGAGCCAUCAUGUAUGAAAUGCUUGUGGGUUAUCCUCCAUUUUAUUCUGAUGAGCCUAUGGCAACAUGUAGGAAGAUAGUAAAUUGGAGAACACACCUAAAAUUUCCAGAAGAAGCAAAGCUAUCUGCAGAAGCAAAAGAUCUUAUCAGUAAGCUCUUAUGCAAUGUUGACCAACGGCUUGGCACAAAAGGUGCCAAUGAAAUAAAGGCUCACUCUUGGUUUAAAGGCAUUGAGUGGGACAGAUUAUAUCAAAUGGAGGCUGCAUUUAUACCUGAAGUUAAGGAUGAGUUAGAUACCCAAAACUUUGAAAAGUUUGAAGAGUCUGGGGACCAGAUUCAGACUUCAUCAAAGUCAGGCCCUUGGAGAAAGAUGCUUUCUUCAAAAGAUUUGAAUUUUGUGGGUUAUACAUACAAAAAUUUCGAAAUUGUCAAUGAUCAUGAAGUGCCUGGGAUAGCUGAACUGAAGAAGAAGGGCAAAUCAAAGAGGCCAACUAUCAAGUCUCUCUUUGAAUCUUCAGAGACAGAGGAUCAACCUGAGGAAUGUGUUCAAGGGAGCUUCCUCAAUCUUUUACCUUCUCAACUGGAAGUCUCAAAGAGCCAGAACUCAUCAUCACCAUAAGUCUUGUUGAUCUCUAUGGCAUCAUAUGGCUCAAGGACUCAAAGAAUCAUCAUCAAAAGCUGUGCAUACCUCUCAUAAAUGCGCUUCUCAUCUGAGGCUUGUCAGGUGGUACUUGAGGCAUCUGUUUGCACAAGAGACCUAGCUUUAUGGCAUGUAAUGAAAUGGCCGCAGAAGCAGAGAAUUUAGAGGAAGGUGGAGGUUGAGUUAUGCUUCUUCCAUGAGGCAUAUGUUCCUGAAUGGAUCACGUAAAAUUUGUUCUUGUGAGUAAAUAUCAAUUUAUCUUUUUACAUGAUGCAAUCAAUUUUUCUGUAUUCUUUGUCAAUCUGUAAUUCAUGUGUAGAAUGUUCCACAGACUUGUGUAGUUAUAUGUGGAAUAGCUUCUUAUCAGCAAACCUAGUCAAUGCCAGCAGAAUAAUUUGGUCAUUUUGUUUAAA